GGCGCCCGCCCAGGCAGCGGCUGACCCGGACGCCUGCCCUUUCGUCGCGAGGGCGGUGACGGCCUUCGAGCCGUCGGGCGCCACGCAGCUGCAGCUGCAGGCCGGGGACAUGGUCCACGUCCUGGAGCGCCACGCCUCGGGCUGGAGCUACUGCAGGAGCAUCAGACCGCCUGCCGCGUCUGGCUGGGUGCCCGCAUGGGCCGUGCAGCGGGCCCGGGAGCCGGCCGCGACGGAGGAGGCAGCCGCGCCAGCGCCCGCCGCCGCCAGCCCGGCCGCCGCCGCGCCAGAGAGGCAGAGGCAGCCCGCCCAGGCGACCGCACAGCCAGCGCCCGUCGUGGCUGCCGCGGCCGUCACGCCGCAGG